AUGAGAUCAGCACUGAAGAACACUUGUACGAGACUUUGCGAGGUCUGCGGUAAAACUUUUGCCAGAGUUACAUAUUUUAAAGCGCACCAACUCGUUCACACGGGCGAGAAACCCUUCGAGUGUUCAAUUUGUUCUAAAACGUUUAGUCAAAAAAUGUCCCUUAUAAGACACAAACAAACUCACACGGGGACAAAACCCUUUGAGUGCUCAGAUUGUUCUAAAAAAUUUGGGCAAAAAAGUAAUUUAAUUAAACACAUAUAUACUCACACGGGAGAAAAACCUUUUGGGUGCUCAGUUUGUCCAAAAAGUUUUAGAACCUCGACUGCCCGCAAAAAUCACAUGAGAACCCACACGGGAGAGAAACCCUACAAGUGCUCAGACUGUCCAAAAUCAUUCAGAUAUAGAUACAAUUUCACAACUCACAUGCGUCUGCAUACCGGCAUACCUCAUAGUACCUGUUCAAUUUGUCAAAGGCCAUUUACUAACCCGAGUAGUCACACCGUGCACAUGAGGACUCAUACCGGCGAAAAGCCUUUCAAGUGCUUGGAUUGUCCAAAAUCUUUUAGACAAAAAAACCAUCUAACAACUCAUAUGCAUGUCCACACUGGUAUACCUUGUGGGCACUGUCCCAUCUGCCAAAGGCCAUUCUCUCACCCAAGCAGCCUUCGAUUGCAUAUAAAGUCCCAUACACGGGAGAAACCCUAUAAAUGCGCAAAUUGUCCAAAAUCUUUCGGACUAAAAAGUACCCUCAGGGCUCACAUGCGUGUCCACACUGGCAUAUCUUUAAGUCACUGCACCAUCUGCCAAAAGCCAUUUACGUACUUGAGUAAUCUUAUAGUACACAUGAGGACCCACACAGGGGAGCGACCCUACAAGUGCUCGGUGUGUCAAAAAGGUUUUAAAUAUUAUGAUAACCUCAUAAGCCACAUGAAGAUCCAUACAUGCGAGAAGCCUUACAAGUGCUCAGAUUGUCCAGAAUCUUUCAGCCAAAAAAUCAACUUAACAACUCAUAUGCGCCUCCACACCGGCAAACCUUGUAGUACCUGUUCAAUUUGCCAUAGGCCAUUCACUACCUCAGGAAGUCUUAUAGUACACAUGAGGUCCCACACGGGGGAGCGUCCCUACAAGUGCUCGGUGUGUCAAAAAGGUUUCACAUCUUCUGAUAAACUCACAAAGCACAAUAGGACCCAUACCGGGGAGAAACCCUAUAGAUGUACAGAUUGUCCAAAAUCUUUUAGCCAAAAGUGCAAUCUCAUGAAGCACAUGCACCUCCACAUCUAA